AUGGAAAUGUGGAAUCCUGUGAAACUGAAGUUCAAUUAUCAGCAGUUGGUUGGUUUAGUAUGUCCCAAGUUCCAGUUACUUGCGUUGACAUUUGUAGUCAAGCUUUCAACUGCGGUUCGCUCACCGUCAGAGGAAGACGAAGGAAAGAAAAUAGUUGAAGAAGAAAAAGAGGGGGCAGUGAAAGGGAUGGUCUUGUUUGUUGGGACCAGUGCUCCGUGUAUCAGACGAAACGAUUCAUGGUUUUGUCUUGUUGAACUUCGCUCUCAGCUGCUUCUCUAUAACUAUCUUGCAUUUUUUGGAAAGGAAUACUGA